AUGAAAAUGGCAAGCGUAAGAAAUAAUGUAGCGUUGAGCUUCGUCUUCGUCUUCCUUUCCUUCUUCGUGUUGCUGCUGAGAGGCACAGAGAGUGCUAAGCCAAGUCAUUAUUCUGUGCCUUUCAAUAGAACCCUUUUCCCUCCUUCCUUCAUCUUCGGUGCUGGUUCUGCUGCGUACCAGUCAGAAGGAGCAGUAAAUAUCGAUGGAAGAGGACUAAGCAUAUGGGACACUUUCACUAAGCAACACCCAGAAAAGAUUACGGAUCGGAGUAAUGGUGAUGUUGCAGAGGACUUUUAUCAUCGAUACAGGAGUGACAUACAAUUAAUGAAGGAGAUAGGGUUGGACUCCUUUAGAUUCUCCAUCUCAUGGUCCAGAAUAUUCCCCAAGGGGAAAGGCACAGUCAAUUAUUUGGGAGUUGGCUUCUACAAUAAUCUCAUAAAUGAGCUCCUUUCAAAUGGAAUAAAACCUUUUGUGACUCUCUUUCAUUUUGAUCUUCCCCAAGCCUUAGAAGAUGAGUAUGGUGGAUUUCUCAGUCCUAAAAUAGUGGGGGACUUCUAUGAAUAUGCUGAUUUCUGCUUCAAAACUUUUGGUGAUCGUGUUAAGCAUUGGGCUACUUUGAAUGAACCCUAUGGGUACAGCAAAAAUGGCUACGACACUGGCAGCUUCCCGCCGGGAAGAUGUUCUAACUAUGUCGGAAACUGCACCUCCGGCAACUCCGCCACCGAGCCCUAUCUCGUCACCCACCAUUUUCUUCUUGCUCACGCCGCUGUUGUCAGAUUAUACAAAACCAAAUAUCAGAGAUACCAGAAGGGGGAAAUUGGAAUCACAUUAGUGACACACUGGAUGGAGCCAAAAACAAACUCUCCUGCCAAUCGUCAAGCUGCAAGUCGAGUUCUGGAUUUUUGGUUGGGAUGGUAUGCUGAUCCCAUUACAUAUGGAGAUUAUCCAAAGAGCAUGAGAUCUAUAGUGGGAAAUAGACUUCCAAAAUUCACAAAAGCAGAAUCAGAAAUGCUGAAAGGAUCUUAUGAUUUUAUUGGGAUAAAUUAUUAUACCACCCAAUAUGUAGAAAAUGCUCCCUUAUCCAGCACUGUUAAUCGCAGCUACUCUUCUGAUGCGCAAGCCAGUUUCUCUACUUCGAGAAAUGGCUUCCCUGUUGGUACUCCGACGGCAUUGAGUUGGCUUUAUAUAUAUCCCAAGGGACUCCAUCAGCUUUUGUUGUACGUAAAGCACAAAUACAGUGACCCACCCAUUUACAUCAAUGAAAAUGGAGUUGCUCAAGUAAACAAUGCAUCUAUACCGGUGAAAGAAGCCAUCAAGGAUGGAGUCAGAAUUAGAUAUUAUGAUGCCCAUCUGAGAUAUCUUCUUCAAGCUAUCAAGGAUGGAGUGAAGGUGAAGGGAUACUAUGCAUGGUCGUUCUUUGAUGACUUCGAGUGGGAUGCUGGCUACACCGUUCGAUUCGGAAUCAUUUACGUAGAUUUCAAGAACAAUCUCAAAAGAUAUAUGAAGUACUCUGCUUAUUGGCUCAAGAUGUUCCUCCUCCGUUGAUUUCCUUCACCAUAAUAAUAACUCUGCUCUUCAGAUUCUCCACCAUAUCUCCUACAUAAUAAAUUAAUGGUUGGACUGGCAGAUAAAAUAUGUCACUUUAGUUCUUAAGAUCACAAGAAGUUGAUUAGUCAGUUAGACUCUAUAUAUAAGGGUCUUAUUGUGAUUAAUAAAAGAUUAUUAUCUAUUAUCUUCUGUUUCCCUUCUUAUGGGUGUGCGUUUUUUUUUUUUGGGUUAAGCACAGGC